AUGUCUGCGGCCGAGCGAAAGUAUGAAUGCGUGCUAUACGGUGCUACGGGCUACACAGGAAAAUACGCGGCCGAGCAUAUUGCCACGCAUUUCCCAACAGACUUCCGAUGGGCCAUCGCGGGUCGUUCGGAAAGCAAACUGAAUGCUGUUGCGGACGAUAUCUAUUCGCUCAACAAAGACCGGCUGCGUCCUGCCAUUGAAGUCGCUCAGAACACCAAAGCGGAGAUCCUACAGCUUGCGAAGCAGACCAAGGUCCUGGUCACUACUGUUGGUCCAUAUCACAAAUAUGGCUCCGAGGUCUUCGAGGCUUGUGCUGAGGCUGGUACACACUAUCUAGAUGUCACUGGAGAAGUUCCUUGGGUAUAUGAUAUGAUCCAGAAGUACGAUGCUGUGGCCAAAAGGACCGGUGCUAUUAUGAUUCCGCAGUGUGGGAUCGAAAGUGCCCCAGCCGAUUUGACUGUGUGGCUUCUGGCUACCCACGUACGAAAGACUCUCAAUACCGGCUUGAGCGAAUUGCUAUAUAUCUUGUGGGAUCUUAACUCUGCUCCAAGCGGCGGAACUCUAGACACUAUCCUCACAGUGUUCGACACAUACAGUAUUGGCCAGGUGGCCAAGGCAAUGUCUCCAUAUUCGCUGUCCACCAUCACGCCUUCUGUGAAAGCACCUGGACGGCCUCUGAGCGAGAAGCUUACUGGAAUUCGUCAUGAUCCCGACCUGGGCCUUCUCACAGACAGUUUCCAAGGACCAACUGAUACCCCAAUCAUCAACCGCUCUUGGAGUCUUUACAAUGCCGGGAAAUUCUACGGCAGCAAUUUCAGGGUCACCGGAUACAUGAAAGCCAAAAGCUCAAUACACGCUUUCCUGGUCCAUCUUGGGCUCACAUUCGGCUUCGCUGCAUUGAUGUUCCCGCCUGUGCGUUGGCUACUGAAGAAAUUUGUUUACCAGCCUGGCGAAGGUGUUUCAAGAGAACAAGCCAGCAAAGAGCAUUGCGAAUGGCGCGCCAUCGCCAAUGCCGACGUCUCGGAUCCUGCAGACCCGAAACGAGCUUUCGGGCGCUUCCGCUGGAACGGGAGUAUGUAUAAUUUCACAGGAGUGCUGGCUGCCGAAGCAGCGAUAACACUCUCACGCGACAAGACAUUCGCGCACGAGCUAGGUGGAGGUGUCGUCACUCCCGCCACCCUAGGCCAACCGUAUCUGGAGCGCCUGCAAAAGGCCGGCUUCAUUACUGAAGUUAAGACGCUACCGUGA